GCAGUUUCAUCUGUCAGCACAACAGCACAAAAACGACAAAAAUAUAUAGGAGUAAACAGAACGUUUUGUGUGCAAACAAAAACAUGUAUUUAAAUUGGAUCAAAAUCACUGAACGAGCUGCUGAUGGCAUCAAAAUAAUAAAUCAGCUAAAUGACGAUGUUUUCACAACAGUAAUCAAAUAUGUGCACAAAAACAUGUCUUUGUCUGGCGAAAGUGCAACUGCUGACACCGAAGAUGACGGUGGAUUGGAAAAGCUCGAGCAGUUGGUGAAUAUUGAACGAACGGAUUUUCUGCUAUUAAUAAAAACUUUGUCGUAUAUUUUGAAGCGUGCGUCAACAUUCAUUAUGAAGCCAACAAAGCUACAGUCCGAACUGAAGGAGAAAUUGCAAUUGCAAGACAGCAAAAUCGAUGUGAUUAUGAAAUUGUGGAUAAAAAAUAUGAAACCAAUUCUUGAUAAUUUGGAAAACAAAGACGAACCGGGCCAAUCCAAUAAUGAACUAGAGCACAUUGGAUGGAAAUUAAAACUACAGCUGUCGUCUGAACCACAACAAAAAGAGAAAAUUCCGAUCGGCCAAAUUCAAUUGCAUACAUCGGUCGACAAUCCGAACAGUCGAAGUGGUGAACCCAUCAACUUUGAAAUGAAUCACGCUGAGGUGUUGGAAUUCUACAAUCAGAUUGAUGCUAUUCAAAAUGAACUCGACUCCCUUCGGAAUGUCAAGUAGAUUGAUUAUUAAUUCAAUUAUCUGUAAUAUACAUACAAAUAAAAUGAUGGAAAAACAAAAAGUGCAUUCGACCAUGUAGGAACCCUGAAUCGGUUCACAUUAUAGCAAAGUGUCAAUUAUCGCAGUUUAGUACAAACUGUUCAGAGAGCAACCCUGCGCAUCAAAUGUCUAAGGUGCGUACAUAAUCGUUGUCUCGGUCGCACUCUCUUCAAUUUGAAUUCGGAGUAUGUGUGCGAGUGACAGAACAUCAUCGGAUUGCUUGAAAUAUUUGCCUCCUCUGCACUUAGUACUGAAUUUCAAAAUUUACCAGUCGCAUCAACAUUCCAUUCGCAGCAACCGUUUGUGCAACAGCACUUUCUUUCUAAUGUACAAGUCAUAAUAUUAAGUUUAAGUUUUUUCCAUGUCUACAACCCCGUUGAAUAUUUUGAAUAUAUAGAGUUUAAGUGAAUUCAGUA